AUGGUAAUCCUCGAAUCCGGCAACUUGCUCUGUCACCGGGAGGGCGACCAUCUGUCCCAAGGAGGUGUCGGAUUAAUCGUCCACAAGUCUCUCGUUAACAACGUUGUAAAGAUCGGGAGUGUGUCGACGAGGGUUGCGUAUCUUAUACUCAGAAUCACCAAACGGUAUUCGCUGAAGGUCAUACAGGUUUACGCACCAACCUCGGCACACCCCGAUGAGGAUGUGGAGGCAAUGUAUGAGGAUAUCUCUAGAGCUAUGCAUUCCUCCAAAACCCAAUAUACGGUGUUAAUGGGAGACUUCAAUGCAAAACUAGGCACAAGAGAGAACAGUGAGCUGAAAGUAGGGAAAUUUGGAAUAGGGCAACGGAACCCAAGGGGCCAGCAGCUGGCCGACUUCAUGGAGAAAGAGGGACUCUUUAUGAUGAACUCUUUCUUCCAGAAGCGGCCCUACAGGAAGUGGACCUGGUGGAGCCCAGAAGGUUCGACAAAAAAUGAGAUUGACUUCGUUAUGACGACCAGACUACAACUGUUCAGUGAUGUCUCCGUGAUCGCGAUGGUGAAAACUGGUAGCAAUCACCGAAUGGUUAGAGGCACACUGAACCUAAACGUUAAGUUGGAGAGGUCUCGUCAAAUGAAGUCAACGCUCCGUCUCCCUCUUGCUCUAUUCCAAAGUCCCGAAACCUUUCAGCUCGAGUUACAAAACCGUUUUCAGUGCCUAGAAGACUGCAGUGGACGAUAUGAAUGGCAAGCUCGUGGAAACUGUCCAUGCGGUCGGAGUUAA